AUGCACGAGCCUUCUAGCGACUCGCCUCCUGACGGUUCAAUUGGUGCUUGGCUACAUUCACGAUCAAGCCGCAAUCAGCCCCCCGACACUGGCAUCCUCCCUUUUACACGCACCCCCUCUCGCGAGCAUGGCACAGAUAGCCACAGUCCAGAUCGACGCACAGACAAAAUUGAGAAACAGCACGAUGCUGAAAAGCAUAUCAGUACAGCCGUCUGUGAUACAAGCUCCUCCGGGUUGCCUCCACCCGCCCCACCACCCGCUAUCGAGCAAUGCGGAGAACCUACCGCCGUAAGAAACGAGGAGAAGCUGCCGGUUCCUUCUAGGAUAUGGCACUCUAUCCGUAUUAUUAUCUCCUCAAGUUGGAUUAACGUCCUGCUGUUAUUUGUCCCCGCCGGCAUCGCGCUUGGGGCUCUACGCCGGAGCCAGGGUGACAAGAGCCCGAUAAGCCCUACUGUGAUUUUUGCAGUCAAUGCUGUAGCGAUUAUUCCUUUGGCAUAUCUACUCGGCUUUGCCACUGAAAAUGUUGCAAGGAAGAUGGGCGACAAGAUCGGAGCUUUGCUCAAUGUCACCUUCGGAAAUGCGGUAGAGUUGAUUAUUUUGUAA